AUGUCCUGCCUUCCGCGGGAGACGCUGUCUCAUUUUGAGCAGCGAGAGCAGGAGAUUCUGGCACGCAACGAUGAAAUCGAGCGGAAGAGGGUCCAGGCGUUGGACCAGGCCUGCAACGCGAUCAGGGAAGCGGAGUCCUGCACUCUUCGGCCUACCCGUGCAGAGGUGUCGUCGGCAGCAACGGCCGAAGCUGCCACUGUUGAGCUGACCGGACGCGUCUGUGGAGAUCCCGAAGCUGCGCCGAUCCUAGCCGCGGCCCUUGGGGCAGCGUCUGAGCCCUUCAUCGGCGCUGUUGCAGAGGAGGCCUUGCAAACCACCAUCCGCGUGCAGAAUGCACGCAUCCUGGCCUUGCAGGAGGAGCAGCCCGAGCCUCCCCUUUCUCUCCUCGCAUAUCAGCCCAAGACGGCACAGAAAGCCCUGAAAGCUGUUGGUGGAAUGCGCCAGGGAGCCGCGAAGAGCCUCGGAGUUCGAAAGGGAGUUCUGAGUUCUGACGAUUUCAGCUUCCGAUUCCCCGGCCGCUCGACCCCGAACGGUGCGGCCAUCAAGCACGAGGGCAUCCUCCUUGACAUCCCCGAGACUGGGCGUGAGUGCCGUGUGGCCCUCCCAGAGGAGGGAUGGUGCUUGAAAGGAUUCGUCUCGGAAGGUGUCUGGACGAACUUCCUCCUGCCUGGAGACUGGGUUGGCUUUCUCGCUGUCCGACUGCGAGGCCGCAUGGUGAUGGCACAGCUCGUGGGCCUGCGGAUGGGGCUUGUGAGCCGGGCUUUCCGUGCCAUGGGUACGCCCUCGGACUACAGCUUCACCUACAGCUUCUACCUGCGCUGCUGCGGGCUCCACGCACAGCACGAGCAGCUGGCACGGGGCUCCUGGAGAAACUCUGGGGUCUUUCGGGCCUUCUUCUUAGGGAAGAAGGCCGGAAGAUGGAAGGGAGAUGAAAGGGAGUCUCAGGGGUCGUGCUGA